GAUAGAUUGGUGGCCUGUCCAGGGUGUAUUCCUGCCUCUCGCCCAAUGAACGCUGGGAUAGGCACCAGCACCCCCCGCGACCCUGCUCAGGAUAAGCGGGUAUAGAUAAUGGAUGGAUAGAUGGACAACAGCACAACAUUAGGUCAUACCAUUAUCAUCAUCCAACCCAUUUAAAUUUUUCAUGUGAUUGUCAUAUCCUAUUACUUAAUGUGAGUUUAGAAUUCAGUUGGAUUCCGUUUUAAUACCCCAAAUCACAUCAUGGAUUACAGAGCAACAAUUAUUCACGGUCAGUUGCAAACAGGCCAAAAUACAAAUUCCACAAAGCCAGUUUUUCCAUACAAAACUUGUAUACAUGCUUGCGCUUUUCAGAUAAUUAUCCAUUAGUCAUGAGAACAUUUUAUGCCUGCAGUCGAAGACUAUGAGCCUUGUUUUCAGUGUGUAUUGAGCUUUGUCCAUGAUAAACUACAGAGUGCUGUUGUUUUCGUGAUGAGUAAUUUGUGAGCAUUAUAUUGUUGAUCACAUGCUAGGACGUUAAAAUGCUGUGCAUGGUGCAUUUUCUCUUGGACUGGGAAAUUCAGAAGAGAUUACAAUGUUCUAUGCUGUGGAAAAAACCACUUAGUUUGACAUCAGUGUUCAGUAUCAUUUUAUGUUGUUGCUAACUUACCGUUUUUCCUGUCAGUGGCUGAUAAAACAGUGGAAAUGGUUUUUGAUUUUUCUCAGUAAGUGACUGACAAGUCUUGGAAUGGGAGGGGAUGCCCAGAGAAAGAAGCUGGGUAUGAUCCUUGAAACUAGCUCACUGUCCACUGUGUUCUUCCCAGCCUACAGCAUGGCACUGCUGUCCUCCCUGCAUGGUUCCCAGGUAACUCUGCUGUCAGUGUUGCUGCUAUGCUGGGCAGGUGUGUGUGGCGGGAUCCCAGACCCUCGCCAGAGAGAAUUACUGAUACAGCAGGAGGCCUCCCGACAAACAGGGGGCACUGUUGUGCUGACAGAGGCUGAGCGGAGGCUGAGUGCUCAGCUACACAAGUUGAAACAGCAGGAAGUGGAGGGGCCACAAUUCCCUCCAGCAUUGCACUUCUUCAAAGCCCUACCCCUCAUCCAGCGGAGCCCAGUCUUCAGGCUGCUACAGAAGAUGCCCAAAGGAGCUGCUCUGCAUGUUCACAGCUUCUCCAUGGUGGGGGUGGACUGGCUAAUGAAGAACGUGACCUACAGGCCGCACUGUUAUAUCUGCUUCACCGCAAGCCAAUCAGUCCGCUUCCUCUUCUCUGCCAAGCGGCCCCGCCCCCUUCCGCAGUGUUCUGCUUGGGUGCUGCUGGAGACACUGAGGGGAAAGGUGGACAACACCACCGACCUGGACAACAGCCUGAAGCAGAACCUCACAUUGCUCACAGAACACCCUGCUACAGCCUACCCAAGCCAGGAUGCCUUGUGGGACAGGUUUGAGGAGACUUUCAACGCAGCAUCUGGACUGAUCAGCUAUGUACCUGUUUUCAAGGACUAUUUCUACCAGGGUCUGCAGCAGUUCUAUACGGACAAUGUCAUGUACCUGGAGCUGAGAUCCGGAGUGUCACUGACCUAUGAGCUUGAUGGAAGUACACAUGACAGGGCCUGGUGCUUGAACACCUAUCAGGAUGUGACCAGGAAGUUUGUGGAGGACCAUCCUGAUUUUCUGGGAGUUCGAAUAAUCCUUUCUGUACACAGGGGUCUCAAUGUGUCUGAGGUCAAAGCUGUAGUGGAGGAGGCCAUACACCUGCAGAAAGAGUUUCCGGAAGUCAUGGCUGGAUUUGACCUGGUGGGCCGUGAGGAUGGAGGGAGACCCCUCUGGUACUUCAGGGAGGCCUUGUCCCUGCCAGCAGAGCUUGGAGUCACCCUGCCCUACUUCUUCCAUGCAGGAGAAACAGACUGGGAGGGCACAGACGUGGAUGAGAACCUUCUGGACGCCCUGCUUUUCAACACCACUCGCAUUGGGCACGGGUUUGCCCUGGCACGCCACCCUCUAGCCAAGGAACUCUCCAGGAAGAGAGGUGUGGCUGUGGAAGUCUGCCCCAUAUCCAAUCAGGUUCUUGGGCUUGUCUCAGACCUGAGGAAUCACCCUGCUGCAGCACUCAUGUCUGAAGGCCAUCCGAUGGUGGUCAGCUCAGAUGACCCAGCCACCUUUGGAGCGACUGGGCUCUCGUACGACUUCUACGAGGCGUUUGUGGGCCUGGGUGGGAUGAACGCCCACCUGGGCACGCUCAAGGAGCUGGCUAUCAACUCCAUCAGAUACAGCUCCCUCUCUCCUGAACUGAAGGACAAAGCGCUGGCCCUGUGGCAGAGGAAGUGGGACAAGUUCAUUUCUGAGAACUCUCAAUAGAGCCCAGAGCACAAGAGGGAAUGACUGGGAACCAGGUGGCAAAGUCACACCAGGCCACGGGGUUCAUGUGCCAGAUAAAUCCACAGAGAUGUGUCCAGGGUGGAGAGCAGCUCAUGACUAACAAAAAAAACAGAAUAAAUUUAGAACCCGCACACUA